AUGGAGGCGCCGCGGGAGGCCGGCCGGGGCGCGGCGCCCUGGAGGGCGAUGUCCGCAGAGGAGCUGGAGAAGCAGUACAGCCCCAGCAGGUGGGCCGUCCGGCGUGGACCGGAGGAAACCCUGAAGACCUACUCGGAGAUAGGAAUCGAGGCCACCGCGGGGGCCCGGGCGGCGCGGAGGAGCCUGCUGGGCGUCCAGUACGGCGCCGCGGCCGGGGAGGCGCUGGACCUCUACCUCCCCGAGGCGGCGGCGGCGGCGGCGGAGGACGCCCGGCCGCUCUUCGUGUUCCUUCACGGCGGGUACUGGCAGGCCGGAAGUAAAGACGAGUCGGCCUACAUGGUGGGCCCCCUGACGGCGCGGGGCGUGGUGGUGGCGGUGGUGGGUUACGCCCUGGCCCCCAGAGCGACCCUGGACCAGAUGGUGGACCAGGUGGCCCGCAGCAUCGUCUUCCUGCAGGAGCGCUUCCCGAGCAACCAGGGGAUGUACCUGUGUGGACACUCGGCCGGGGCCCACCUGGCCGCCAUGAUGCUCCCGGUGAACUGGACCGAGCGGCCAGUGACGCCCAACCUCAAAGCCUUCUUCCUGGUGAGCGGGGUCUACGACUUGGAGCCCCUCGUGCACACCUCCGUGAACGCCCCUCUGCGCCUGACCCCGGAGGAUGCCCGCAGGAACAGCCCGCAGAGGCUCCUGGAGGCGGCAGCCGCGCAGCCCGGGGGUCCGGCUGGCCCGGUGCUGGUGAUCGUGGGCCAACACGACAGCCCCGAGUUCCGCAGGCAGGCCCGGGAGUUCUGCCAGACGCUGUGCCGAGGCGGGUGGCGGGCCUCCCUGGAGGAGGUCCGGGACGUGGACCACUUUGAGAUCCUCUGGAAGCUGGCGGAGCAGGACGACGUGCUCACCCAGAUCAUCUUGAAAACCAUCUUCCCAGAGUUCUGA